GAACCGUACUUCUGAGAACAGCGUUAGCCAUGGCCACAGGAGGGAGGGACAGCCAUUCCGGCAGCCCUCAGUACACUAACCGUCUGAUUCACGAGAAGUCUCCUUACCUCCUUCAACAUGCCCAUAAUCCUGUGAACUGGUAUCCAUGGGGUCAGGAGGCAUUUGACAAGGCAAAGAGGGAGGAUAAGUUGAUAUUUCUGUCAGUUGGCUAUUCAACCUGCCAUUGGUGCCACGUCAUGGAACAAGAAUCCUUCCAGAAUGUCGAAAUUGGUCAGAUUCUGAAUGAGAACUUUGUGUGCAUCAAGGUGGACCGGGAAGAGAGGCCAGAUGUUGAUAAAGUUUACAUGACCUUUGUGCAGGCAACCAGCAGUGGAGGGGGUUGGCCAAUGAGUGUAUGGUUGACGCCCGAUCUCAAACCAUUUGUAGGGGGGACUUACUUUCCUCCUGAGGAUGGAAUUUACCAGGUUGGCUUUCGGACAGUGUUGCUCCGCAUCCUGGAACAGUGGAAACGGAACAAAGCUACCCUUUUGGAAAACAGCCAGAAAAUUAUAUCUGCGCUGUUAGCCAGGACGGAUGUGGGUGUACGAGGGGAGGAGGUGCCCCCAUCCUCACAAGAGGUGAUGACCAGAUGUUUCCAACAACUGAUAGAGUCCUAUGAUGAAGAAUAUGGUGGAUUCUCAGAGUCUCCCAAAUUUCCUACUCCAGUCAACUUGAAUUUCCUGUUUUCUUACUGGGCCCUUCAUCGGUCAGCCUCUGAAGGGGCACAGGCCCUGCAGAUGGCACUGCACACACUCAAGAUGAUGGCAUACGGUGGGAUCCAUGACCAUAUUGCCCAGGGGUUCCAUCGUUAUUCCACUGACCAGCGUUGGCACGUCCCUCACUUUGAGAAGAUGCUGUAUGAUCAGGGGCAGCUGGCAGCAGCCUAUGCCAAAGCAUUUCAGAUUUCUGGCGAGGAAUUCUUUGCAGAUGUUGCCACAGACAUUCUGCUUUACGUCUCCCGGGAUCUGAGCGACAGGUCAGGGGGGUUCUACAGUGCGGAAGAUGCUGAUUCCUACCCCACAGUGGUGUCAAAAGUGAAGCAAGAAGGGGCGUUCUGUGUGUGGACAGCUCAGGAAAUCCAGAGGCUUCUACCAGACCCGAUUGAAGGAAUCCCAGAGAAAAAGACCACAGCAGAUGUCUUCAUGCAUCACUUUGGGGUUAAGGAGGAUGGCAACGUGAAUCCGAUGAAGGACCCUCACAAUGAGCUAAAAGGAAAAAAUGUGCUCAUUGUUCAGUAUUCCCUGGAGCUUACAGCUGCUAGGUUUGGACUGGGGUUGGAACAGCUGAAGGCAUUGCUCACUAAGAGCAGGGAGAAGCUCUACACAGCACGUGGGCAGAGGCCGCGGCCCCAUCUGGACACCAAGAUGCUUGCGUCCUGGAACGGGUUGAUGAUUUCUGGUUUUGCUCAGGCUGGAGCCAUCUUGGGCAAGAAGGAGUAUGUUGGCCGGGCGGCUUCCGCGGCUGACUUCUUGCAGAGACACAUGUUUCAUGCCAGCUCUGGAAAACUCCUCAGGAGCUGCUACCGGGGCAAGGACAACUCGGUGGAGCAGAGUUCUGCCCCCAUCCAUGGUUUCCUGGAGGACUACGUCUUUGUCAUCCAAGCGCUCUUUGACCUUUACGAGGCCUCGCUGGACCCGAGGUGGCUGGAGUGGGCCGUGCAGCUCCAGCACAAGCAGGACGAGCUCUUCUGGGAUCCAAAGGGCUUCGCUUACUUCUCCACUGAGGCUGAAGACCCUUCCUUGCUCCUCCGCAUAAAGGAUGACCAAGAUGGUGCAGAGCCCAGCCCCAACUCUGUUGCUGUCACCAACCUGCUUCGGGCAGCCAGCUACAUGGGCCACAAGGAGUGGGUGAAGAAAGCUGGGCAGAUCUUGGCUGCCUUCUCAGAGAGACUCCUGAAGAUCCCCGUGGUCCUCCCAGAGAUGGCCCGAGCCACUGCAGCCUCCCAUCUGACUCUCAAACAGGUUGUUAUUUGUGGUGAUCCAUCCAGAGAAGACACUAGAGAGCUGCUGAACUGUGUUUAUGCUACCUACACUCCAAACAGGGCGCUGAUUCUUGCAGACGGGGACGGCGCGGGAUUUCUGUACCGUCACCUCCCCUUCCUCUCUUCUCUGGAGAAGAAAGAUGGAAAAGCCACUGCGUAUCUCUGCGAAAAUUUCACUUGCUCGUUGCCCAUCACCUCCAGCCAGGAGCUGCGUCGCAGGCUGUUGCCCUGAGCUGGCAUCCCUA